AUGUCCAUGCAGCAAGACUCGACGGCAGCCUGUACCCUUACGACAGUGACUACUAAUGAAAGCCAAGAUUCCCAGCCCACGCCGCCACGCGAAGCUGAUGAGCGCGGUCAGUCAGGCGUUGUGCCUGAAACUCUCGAUCCACUCAAUACGGGAAGCAUUACUGAUUGCAUCGUCGAUGAUGCACAUUUGCCGUCUCGUCAGGAGCACAUACCCAUCACAGUUCCAGGGUCCGUGGUCAGCCACAUCGCUAGCAUUCGUGCCCGCAAGAGCGUCAAUGCCAUGGACCGACGGCUACGUUAUUUUUAUUUUGGUCCGGUCACGAAUUCGGCUGUUCUCCUGUCGCAAGACGAGCUUGACAUUGAGUGCCCAAGUACAGAUGGGCCAGAUGGCCGCAGGGCACGGGCUCUCAUUCGUUCUGUCUCACAUGAAACCCACGAUUAUCUUAUGACACUUUACUGGAGCAGCUUCAAUCAAGUCCUUCCCGUGAUAAACCGCAAAGCUUACGAGGAUGACUUCACUUCGAGAAGCGUGGGAUACUAUUCCAACCUGCUGCAUUUGUGCCAACUUGCCAUGGGCUUUCGAUUCUCAGACAAGACUCGACAGGACAUGAAGGCGUUAGCACGCGGUUCGUUUGAGAGCAUAUUCCACCAAGAGGCAAAAUAUAUGAUCGAUACGGAGAUCGAGCAACCUAGAGGGUUGCCCACCAUCUCCGCACUCUUGCUCAUGGGAGACCUAGAGUGUGGAGUGGGCCGAGACAAUGUUGGCUGGAUGAUGCAUGCAAUGGCAAUACGAAUUGCCUUGGACUUGCGCCUGAACCUCGCGCCAUCCCAUUGCGAGACCCAGUUGAAUCAGGAGGCUUGGCUGGGAAGACAGACGUUGUGGGCCUGCACUGUUUACGAUUGCUACUGGGCACUUUUUGGCCAACGUCCAACGACAAUCAAAGUGGAGGAAAUUGAAGUUGAUCUUUGCACACCGAACCAAGACGGCGCCGACGCUUUUGACCCCAGCAAGGGUGAAGCAUUUUCAGCGGGUAGAGUUUAUGGAGCUUUGCUAGAACUAAUGUCUAUUGCCGGGCGAAUCUACAGCGAUCCUGAAACACUGAGAACGCCUCGCAUCAGCGAGCUACACAAGACCUCUUUGAAGAGGGAACUCCAGUGCUGGUAUGCUCAGCUGGAUGGUAGCCUCACCUUGACACCAGAGAACAUCAGAGAAGCAUCCCCGGACAUGUUUCUUCUACACCAACAAUAUCACUCUAUGUUGAUCCUCUUGCAUUGGCCGUUGGUGGAAAGCCCUGGAGUCGGUGGAAUAACGAACUACUUCGACAUGACACAGCAGCGGCAACGCGAAGUCAUGAAUGCGCUGCACAUCUGCCGCAAGUCCGCUGUGGCAGUCACGCGCAUCUACCAGGAAUAUAUGAAAAGGUUCGAUCCUACAAAGCUUUUCAUUACUUGCGUACAGCAUAUUGUAACUGCUGCAUCCGCACUGAUCGCAUCCUGUCAGAUAGGCGGCGUCUCAUCAGACACCUGCAUCCAGCAGCUCCGCAUUCUCUCCACAGUCAUCACUGCUGCCGCGACCACGUACAAACCAGCUGGUAUCAUACGUACUCUACUCGAAGAAGCUCUCACAGAGCUCAGUCUCGACUUGCCAUAUCGUCUUGGCUCGAGCUCAUCCGCACCACUCGACACUCUGGUCAACCUGAACGGUGAUACUUUCGAAUGGAAUCUGGCACACUUCGUCAACGAUACAUGCACCGAGCCAGAAGAAUCCUGGGUAUCCUGUCUGUUGCACAACUCGGGACGCGCUGAACAAUUCGCAUACAGCUGA